AUGGAGCAACCGGUGCAGCACAAGGCUGCGGCUGUGGCUGCCCCCUACGCAGAGCAGACCCCAGAGGCCGUCGCUCGCUUGUGUCGCUCCCUCGAGGACGCCGCCAAGGACAAGAAGAAGUCUGGCUUCAGCGCCAAGAAGAACAAAUUCAGCGUCGCCGGCUCCCGCGACGGCCUGACAGUCGACUCGUGGAAAUUCCAGGAAUACGACUACAAGAAGCGGGACCUGCCCACCUACGCCCGCGGUCUGUUCACCACAAGGACCCGCAACAACGUCCCCGAGAUUGCCAUCCGCGGUUACGACAAGUUCUUCAACGUCGGCGAGGUCCACGAGACCCGCUGGGAUGUCAUCGAAGCCCAGACCACCGGGCCCUAUGAGCUCACCCUCAAGGAGAAUGGCUGCAUCAUAUUCAUGAGCGGCCUGGAGGACGGUACCCUGCUUGUCUGCAGCAAACACUCCACAGGCGACCGCAGCGACGUCGAUCUCAGCCAUGCAGCAGCUGGCGAGCGGUGGGUUGAGCGUCAGCUGCAAGCCCUGGGCAGGACCAAGGAGGACCUCGCCCGUGAGCUGAGGACCCGGAACGUCACCGCCGUCGCCGAGCUGUGCGAUGACGGUUUCGAGGAGCACAUCCUCGCCUACGGCCCCGACAAGGCCGGCCUCUACCUGCACGGCAUCAAUGUCAAUGUUCCCGAGUUUAUGACGUACCCCGCCGCCGCGGUCCACCAGUUUGCUGACGGCUGGGGCUUCCGCAAGGUUGGCGUCCUCAGGAUGGACACCAUCAUCGAGGUCAGGAAGUUCCUGGAGGAGUGCGCAGAAACCGGUGCGCACGAGGGGAGAGACGUUGAGGGCUUCGUCAUCCGGUGCAGGCGCUCCUGGGACUCGUCCAAGGUGCAGCCUUUUGACUGGUUUUUCAAGUACAAGUUCGAGGAGCCCUACUUGUUGUACCGCCAGUGGAGGGAGUCCACCAAGGCACUGAUCGCGGGCAAACCGCCUAGGUUCAAGAAGCAUCGCGCCAUCACCGAGGAGUAUCUAUUGUUCGCAAAGAAGAGGCUUGCCGCCGACCCGAACCUUGGAAAGCUCUACAACCAAAAUCACGGCAUCAUCGCCCUUCGCAACGAUUUCCUCGCCUUCAAGAACAUCGAUGGUGCUGACGCGGCCAAGUUCGAGGAGCUGUACGGAGACGGCGGGAAAACAGAGGUCGAGCGGGACGUCAUACUCGUUCCCAUCGCGACCAUCGGCUGUGGCAAGACGACUAUUGCUGUCGGUCUCUCCAAGCUCUUCGAUUUCGGACACGUCCAAAAUGACAACAUCACCGGCGCCAAGCGGCCCCCACGCUUUACCAAGAUGGUGCUCGAGCAGCUGGAUACUCAUCCCGCGGUCACUGCCGACCGCAACAAUGCCCAGAGACACGAGAGGAAGCAGAUACUCACAGACGUCAAGAUGCAACACAGGGAUGCCCGCCUCGUCGCCCUGAACUUUAUACAUGACAACAUAGACAGGGUCCGAGAAAUCACGCAGGGCCGCGUCUUUGCCCGCGGCGACAACCACCAGACCAUCCAGGCUGCCACAGACCCAAACAAGGUCAAGGGGAUCAUGGAUGGAUUCCUGACCAGGUUUGAACCUUUGGACAGUGAUCGGGCGCCGGACAAUGGCUUUGACGCCGUCAUCAAUCUCGAUCCCCUCGCAUCAAGCCGGGAGAAUCUGGAGACGGCGGUGACCGAGCUCCACCGUCUUUAUCCCAAGUUGAUACAGAAUAUCCCCGCGGCUGAGGAGAUGGACCGUGUCAUUCAGGAAGCCAUGGAUGAGUACCGUCCUGAUCUACGACACACGAUUCCCGAUCGGAGGAAACCUGGCAAGGAGAACCAGAACGGUGCACAGGCCCAACCUCAGAAGAAGGCCAAGAAAAAGCCCCUAGAGUACAUGUCGAUUGACGUGCCAGCCAAGGAAAUCACCUCCCUCCUCGAGAAGACCUUCAAGGAUGCCGGCUCCGAAAAGUCCUGGUUCUACAACCUGCUGGGAGGCACCCGCCGCAUCCAGCCCAAGUUUCACGUCACGCUCAUGCACCGCGCCACUUCGCAAAAUCACCCUGACCUCUGGGACCGGUACUCAAGGCUGCAGGCCGAGGCCGAGGCCAGCACAGGCGUCCCCGACAGCGCACUGGGCGAGGUCGAGGUCGUUCUGGAGCGGGUCGUCUACGACAGCCGGAUCAUGGCCAUCGUGGUCAGGCUCAAUGACCCUGAGGACAAGUGGCAAUGUGUCAACAAGGUUGCGCACCUGACGGUCGGCACCCGGGACGGCAGCGUCAAGCCCAAGGAGAGCAAUGACCUGCUGGCACGGUGGAUAUCCGAGGGAGCUAGAGAGCACUCGGAGAUCGACGACAUUGGGCUUGAGGGACGACCAAGCGUCAAGGGUACAGUGAGAGCAGUCAUGGCUAGAUAG